AUUAUUUUUGUUAAAGAAUACGAAAGAGGUGUGAUUAAAACAGAAAAGAAAAAGUGCCUUCGUGUCACUUUACAAACAACUACAACUGAAAGCAACAACAAACAGUUGCAAUACAUAAACCUCAGAUAUAAUAUACUUCCAUACAUAUAUUAUAUUUAACGUUCUCCACCAAUAACAACUUCACAAUCCAAGCAGAAGCAAAGCAACAAAUUGGAGAAGUUGUUUGUAUUCAUAUGAAAAGUUCUAAAAAUACCUAUAAGGUAAUCAACAGCGAAUAAAGGCACAACUAAAAGUCAGUGCGUAGUUUCAAAAAAGUGAAGAGAAGAUUCCAAAGUAGUUUGAAAGUGAAAAAUGGCUGACGAGCAACCCAAUCUUGUGGCUGGACACCCACCAGCAGUCAAAGCUGGUGGCAUGCGCAUAGUGCAGCAUAAGGCGCCUACUGCGGAGCGUCCAGCUAAGGAUGCAGAAGAUUGCACUGGAUUAACGCAACCUGUUGCUGUUAAUAGUGCUAUUGUGAGCGGCGCUCCAGUUAAGGGUAAUGUUGACUAUACGCCACAGGCAGCACAAGUCGCACAUUCGCCGAAACCACCAUCGUUUGUUGCACAUAAACCACAAAUAAAUAUCCAACAACCGCGUAAAUGAGUGUACGCUACGCGUGCUAGUCGUUCAAAACAACAGCAGCAGCGGCAAAUACAGUCGCAUCAUUCACAACAGCAGCAACAUAAUCAACAACAAAUUCAAUCACAACAGGAACAGAAAAUACAUUCCAAUUCAAAAAGCCAACAGCAGAAGAAAUGUCACAAGCACGGUGGAAACAGUAAAGAAAUGCUUAAAUCAUAAAUAUCAGCAGUACAUUAUAAAAUUAAUUUAAAAAAGAUUAACGUGCUUUGUAUUUGAAAAUAAAAAAACAUACUACAUACAUAUUAUAUAUUUGUAGCUUUGUUAAAAGAUAUUGAAGAGAUUUGCCAAUAACAUUCAUUAGAAUAUUAGUACACAAAUAUUUACUUAAUAUAAUAUUAUUCUAAACCAUGAAAAUUAUAAUUUUUGCACUCACGAAUUUAUGCAUUUUAUUAUUAACUUUUGCACCUUUUGUCAGCGCUCUGCACUCUUUAAAUGUAGCACCAUAGUACUCCAUUGAAGCAUAAUUGCUAAUGUGUAUUCCUAACGAAAUAUAAAUACAACAUAAUAUCAGCGCAUUAAAAUUAUGUUAAUUCCAUUUCAAUGGGAAUAUUCUGCACUUGUUUUGUUUGAAAUUAAUACAUACGUUUGUAAAA